ACAAUGAUUGAGAUUAAUUAUUAUUAUUAUUUCGAGUUCCGACGACUUUCACGUUCGCCGCUCACUACGAUUAGUACGAUUGUCACCCAUGGUGCCUGGCCCGUUGGGUUUGGGCGCCUGCGGUUCUUCAAUUCCUGGUAAUGCACUAGUGCGGUCUUAACUCUGGUUGACGACUGAUUGUAUACAGGUUACGGACAUAGGCGAGAAAGGAUUGCGACAGACCGCAGGAUCGACACAUUUAUUCCAUUAGCUUCACAAUAACACGUACACUAUGUAUUGGACCGUUCACAUGUAUGGUGGCCCUCGACGGGUCAACCACGCAGCCGUCGCAAUUGGCACAAGCAUUUUCACUUUUGGUGGUUACUGCAGCGGCGUAGACUACAAAAGUUUUAAACCAAUCGACAUACACGUAUUAGACACCGAGAAGUUGAAAUGGUGGAAACUGGAGCUAAAUGAUGAUCAAGACUACAAAUGUGUUCCAUUUCAGAGGUAUGGCCACACAGCCGUUGCUCUUGGAUCUAAUAUUUACCUGUGGGGUGGACGUAAUGACAAUGAAGUUUGCAACACUUUGUACUGUUUCAAUACAAAAACUCUAAAAUGGACAAAACCAACUGUUUAUGGAAAUAUACCAGUGCCGAGAGAUGGUCAUUCUGCAUGUAUCAUUCAAAACUGCAUGUAUAUAUUUGGUGGAUUUCAAGAACAUCCAAGUCUGUUUGCUUCAGAUUUAUAUAUGUUAAACUUUAACUCCAUGGUAUGGAGCAUAGUCAAAACAACGGGACAUCCUCCAUCAUAUAGAGAUUUUCAUACUGCAACUGCUAUUGAUAAUAAAAUGUAUAUAUUUGGUGGCCGUGGUGAUUGGCACGCACCAAGACAAACUGAAAAAGAUAAAUAUUGUUCCAAUAUUUAUUACUUAGAUACCUCUACAAAAAAGUGGAUACGUCCAAAAAUUCAUGGCAUCAAACCUAUAGCACGACGCAGCCAUUCUGCAUUUGUAUAUAAUGGUUUUUUAUACAUCUUUGGUGGCUUUAACAAAAAUAAGGAUUUACAUUUUCAUGACAUAAAUCGUUAUGAUCCAGUUACUUCUACAUGGAUGAAAAUAUUACCAAAGGGUACACCUCCAUGCGCUAGAAGAAGACAGAUUUGUCAAGUAGUCAAUGAUAGGGUAUUUAUAUCUGGUGGUACUAGUCCGCUUUUUCCCAGACCAACAAUACCUCCGAGACUAAGAGAAUACGAUAUGGGUGAUAUAAUGUAUAACGUGGAUCUCAAGGAUCAUGAUGACCUUCAUGUUUUAGAUCUGAAGCCUAGUCUAAAAAAUAUAUGUAUGGUGAAUGUUUGGGAGAAUAUGGAAGAAAUGAAAAUUGAUAAUAUAGAUGACUUACGCAUUCCGUUGUCAUUAAAACGUGAUCUGACUGCAUUUGAUCCUUUUGAAAUAAUGGAUACAGAGAGCAACAUGAUGCAGUCAUAUGAAGAAAAUUUUCCUGUUCUUUCGUAG